GCACUUCAGGAUUCCAAGCUAUCACCCACAGACAGCCACAUUACUAUAGCCAUGGCGGCGAGCUCGGACCAAACAAGCAUCAACGUCCUCCUCGUCCCGUUCCCGGUCCAGGGCCACAUCAACCCGCUGCUCCAGUUCGGCAAGCGGCUCGCCAGCCACGGAGGCGUCCGGUGCACCCUCGCGGCGACCCGCUUCGUCGCCAACUCCACCAGGCCGACCCCGAGCUCGGUGCACGUCGCCGUCUUCUCCGACGGCUGCGACGGCGGCGGGCCCGACGAGGUCGGGGGGAUGGGCGCCCCCUACUACGAGCGCCUCGAGUCGGCCGGGUCCGCGACGCUGGACGCGCUCCUCGCUUCGGAGUCGGAGCGGGGCCGGCCGGUGCACGUGGUGGUGUACGACGCGUUCCUGCCGUGGGCGCGGCGUGUGGGGAGGCGGUACGGUGCGGCGUGCGCGGCGUUCCUCACGCAGACGUGCGCCGUGGACAUCCUGUACGCGCACGCCUGGGCCGGCCGCGUGCCGCCGCCGCCGCUGCUGCGGGCGGAGGACGUGCGGGGCCUGGGCGGGCUGUCGUGCCGGCUCGAGGUGGGCGACCUGCCGACGUUCCUGACCGACGCUAGCUACCCCCCGUCGUUCAGGGAGCUGCUGGUGAACCAGUUCCUGGGGCUGGACGACGCCGAUCACGUGCUCGUCAACUCGUUCCACGACCUGGAACUGCAGGAAGCAGACUACAUGGCAUCUACGUGGAGAGCCAAGAUGGUGGGCCCCACCGUCCCGUCGGCGUUCCUCGACAACCGCCUCCCGGACGACGUGUCCUACGGCAUCCACCUCCACACUCCGGUGACUGCGGAAUGCAAGGCGUGGCUGGACGCCCAGCUGCCACGGUCUGUUCUGUACGUCUCCUUCGGUAGCAUGGCCUCCCUGGGUCCUGACCAGAUGAACGAGCUAGCCGAGGGCCUCUACGGCAGCGGCAAACCCUUCCUGUGGGUGGUCCGGGCCACCGAGACCGCCAAGCUGCCCGAGGGCUUCGCCGACAAGGCCAAGGCCAGGGGGCUCAUAGUGUCGUGGUGCCCGCAGCUGGAGGUUCUAGCGCACCCGUCCGUCGGCUGCUUCAUGACGCACUGCGGCUGGAACUCGACGGUGGAGGCGCUGAGCGCGGGCGUGCCCAUGGUGGCGAUGCCGAACUGGUCGGACCAGACGACGAACGCCAAGUACAUCCAGGACGUGUGGCGCGUCGGCGUGCGGGUGCGGCCGGACGCCCAAGGGGUGGUGAGGAGCGGGGAGGUGGAGCGGCGCGUGCGCGAGGUGAUGGAAGGGGAAAUGCGCGAGGAGUUUCGGAUGAGAGCUCUGGAGUGGAGUGAAAAGGCGAAGAAGUCCAUGAGCGAAGGCGGGACCUCGGAUAUCAACAUCUCGGAAUUCCUAUCAAGUUUUGGACGCAACACUACUCGUGUAUAACAACUCAUCAAGCAAACUGAUGGGUGAUGGACCGGAGCGCAUUCGCAUGUACUUGCAUCGUUACCUUUUCUUGUUGAGAUACGCAGCGCUCCCGUGUACUCUCUUCUGCAAAUAGAAAAAGGAGGUAUAUUGCACUGUUGCACACUCGAAUUAAUGAUCAAUACAUGGAUCAUUGCGUUUUGUGUGUA